AUGGACGAUGAGGCGAGGACGCUCACGAGGCGCGGCGCCGCGCUCGUGAAGUACUGCCGCGGCGGCGCGCGGCCGCAUCUCGCGCACGUGCAGAUCUCGAGCGACGCGCGCGCGAUCGAGUGGGUGGGCCGACGCGCCAAGACGAAGCGCGUGUCGCUGCUCGGCGUCCUUCACGUCGCGGAAGGGCGCCGGUCGGACGUCUUCAAGAGGGCGUCCGCGACCGAGCGCGUCCACCCCGACGACGUGUGCUUCAGCGUCGUGUACGAUCGCGAGCGCGGACGAGGCGACGCGGGGGCCGACGGCGACGGCGACGACGACGACGACGACGACGUCGCCUCGACCGGCCGAGCGUCGACGACGACCGUCGCGCGCGGGGAGAGCGGCGCGGACGCGGGGAGGAAGAAGCGCCGCAGGACGUUAGAUCUCGCGUGCGAGGACGCGGCGCAGCGCGCGACGUGGGUGCGCGGGAUCCGGCUCGCGGUCGAGACGGCGCGACGCGCGGCCGCGGCGACGCGACGCGACGCGAAGACGGCAUCGAUGAUGCCGUCUUCGACGCCGUUCGCCGCCGCCGAUUCCGCCGCGGACCGCGCCGAGCGCGCGCGCGCGUCCACCGACGCGUCCACGAGCGGCGGAAACCCCGCGCCGCCGCCGCCCGGCGACGUCUUCGUCUGGGGCCGCGUCCCGAGCGUGAUGACGACGCCGGAGACGCUCGCGUCGUCGCCGCAUCACGUCGUCGUCGACCGCUUCGUGAUGACGCCGUCUCCCGUCCCCGCGCUCGGAGGCGCCGCGUGCGACCCGCGCUCGAUCGCGCUCGGGACGCGGCACGCGGUCGCGGCGACGCGCGCGGGCGGAGUGUACACGUGGGGCGACGGCGUCGGCGGGAGGCUCGGGCACGGCGACGUCGUCGACCGCGCGACGCCGACGCGCGUGCGCGCCGCGGACGACGUGUUCGACGUUAAAGCCGGCGGCGGCGGCGACGGCGGCGCGCGCGCGGUGGUGAGAUGCGGCGGCGAUCGCACCGUCGUGUUGACGCGCGAUCGCGACGACGACGGCGUGGAAGACGGCGGCGGCGCGUUGUACGCGUGGGGAGGGUCCGGCGACGACUUUGGCGUCGGCGGCGGCGGCGGCGGGUCGUCCGCGGAGGACGCGGCGACGCGAUGGACGCUGUCGCGGAUUUGGUUUUCGUCGUCGUCGUCGUCGUCGCCGGAGGCGCGCAUAACGCGCGUCAGCGUCGGGAUGUUCCACGUCGCCGCCGUGUCCGUGGACGGCGCGCUGUUCACCUGGGGCGAGGGCGCGUUUCACGCGCUCGGGCACGGCGGCGGCGGCGGCGGCGGCGGCGGCGGCGGCGCGUCGCGCCCGCCGACGUCGGAGCCGCGACCGAGACGCGUGGAGGGACUCCGCGGGCGCGUCGUCGCGGACGUCUCGUGCGGCGUGUGGCACACCGCCGCGGUCGUCGACGACGGACAGCUGUACACGUGGGGCGACGGCGACGGCGGGAAGCUCGGGCACGCGGACGUGACCGACGACGUCCCGGUGCCGACGCCGCGGCGCGUCGCGGACUGGACUCCGGGAGGAGGAGGAGGAGGAGGAGGAGAGGAAAAAAAUGCGAGCGAGAUCGUCGUGAUCGUCGCGGCGUCGUGCGGGCAGUCGCACACGCUCGCGCUGGACGCGAACGGCGUCGCGUGGUGUCUCGGGAGCGUCGGCAAGACGGGCGCGCCGCCGCCGCCGACGCCGCGCCGGAUCGCGUCCAUCCCCGACGCGGUGGCGUCGCUCUCGAGCGGGGACUCGCACGCCGCGGCGCUCACGCGGCGCGGACGGCUCUACGUCUGGGGCGUCGGGAAGCGCGGCGCGCUCGGGCACGGCGGCUUCGGCGAGGAGCUCGCGCCGCGGCUGCUCGAGGGCGCGCUCGAGGGGCGGACGAUACGCGAGGUGACGUGCGGGCCGGAGAGCACCGCGGUCGUGGUCGACGCGGCGGCGUUGACCAAGAGGGAGAAGAUUGAGCUCGCGAAGGCGGCGAAGAGGGAGAAGAUCGAGCUCGCGAAGGCGGCUUCUUGGAGCGGGGAGUCGAGCGCGAGCGCGCGGCGCGAGAACCCACCGCCUAUUCCGCCGCCGCAGCGAGAACGCGAGCGCGAGCGAGUGCGCGAGCGCGUCGCGGCGACGAACGGCGACGACGUCUCCGUCGGAAAGACCCGGAAAGACCCGACGACGGUUUUCGCCGGCGCGCGCGUGCACGACGUCGUCGAGACGGGUACCGGCGGCGGCGGCCCGGGGUCGGUCCUUCGCGGCGCGGGGUUAGCCCCGCGCGGCGGCAGCGGCGGCGGCGGCGGCGCUCCGGCCGUCGGUCCCCGCCGCCACUCGAUGGACGUUCUUCGCGAACGCGACGCGUUGCUUCUAGAAGUGCGCGAGCUCCGCGAGGCGAUGACCGCGGCGAGGGCGAGGGCGUCUUCGUCGUCGUCCUCUUCUUCUUCUUCGACGCCGUCGUCGUCGUCGUCGCCGCCGUCGCCGUCGACGAUGGACGCGCCGGCGACGCCGGCGAUGCGCGCGGUCUUGAACGACCUCGCCGGCGCGUCUCGCGCGAGGAUAGCCGCGGAGGCGGCGGCGGAGGCGGCGCGCGCGGAGGCCGCUCGCGCCGCCGCCGCGCUCGAGGUGAAAGCUCGGACGCUCGAGGAGAAGGUCGCGCUCGCGGAGAUGGAGCUCUCGAGUCUGAGGCUCGCCGCGUCGCGGGCGGGGGGAGGGGACCUCACGCCCGCGGCGAGGAAGGACGGCCGCGGGUUCGGGUUCGGGUUCGGGCACGACGACAACCCGUAUCCGCAUCCGUCAGAAGAAUUUCAGCCGGGCACGCCGCGGGACUCCCCGAGCGAGGACGAAUCCGCGACGACCGCCGCCGCGAACGCGUCGUUCGUCGCGUCGCUUCGCUCGCCAUCGACGAUAUCUCCUACGCGAGGCCGCCGACCGGCGUGGGACGACGACGACCGCGGCGAUGCGGUCGCCGCCGCGCCCGACGGGACGCCGUCGGAGUCGGAGUGGAUCGAGGAGCACGAGCCGGGCGUUUUUCUCACCGUCGGCGUCGACGCAACGACCGGGGAGGAGACGCUCCGCAGGGUGCGGUUUAGCAAGACGACGUUCAAGGACGGCGCCGCGAGGGGGUGGUGGGAGGCGAACCGCGCGAGGAUCGUCCGCGAGAGGGGUCUAGCCCUUCCGCGAUCGAGGGUUUAG